AUGGAAUUAAAAAUGUACGUACAGGAAAUGGAGGAAAAUAAAAUCCCAGAAAUGGAGCAGAAGCUGAGGCAGAAUAUGAAAGAACUCCUCUGGCUCUUCGACCAUACAAUCUUUACACCGUUGGAGAUUAAGCAAAACAGUCUCACUUUUCAGUGGUAUUUAAAGAUGCCAAGUGUAUUCAAGGAGCAUAAGCAAAUUAUUGUAGAGAAGACGCUGGAGUAUCAAGAAAGCCUCAGGCGACGAAUCGAGACGUUCAGAAGAGAUUUGGAGGUAUACUGGGAACAGGUGCAGGACUAUGAAAACUGGGGAGACAUAAAGCAUCUGGCCAAGUACAAAAGAAAAGCCACACUUUUGGAUAAUAAACUUAUGAGUGCACAAGAGAAGAUCAAUCAGAUAAACGAAGAGGAGAGUUCAUAUAUGUGGGAAGAGUCUCAGUUUCCCCUAAGAAAUGCCACAUAUGAAAAACUAGUUCCACAUAAAAAUCUCUUCGAUGCUGGUCAGGAUUUUAUGGACAAGUAUGAGAUAUGGAUGCACACUCAAGUGGGCACGUUUGAACCAUCUGACAUUGAUAAUGACGUGGCAGUGAUCUACAAGACAAUACUCACUCUUGAGAAGCUUUUUAUGGACAGUCCAAAUACACAGAAACUCACUCUUGAUAUCAAGGAAGUCGUGGAUGAAUUCAAGACCCACAUGCCUAUUGUAAGGACUUUAGGUAAUUCAGGCAUGAAAGAGCGUCAUUGGGAGCAAGUAUCUGAGAUAAUAGGUUUCCCUAUUAAGAUCUCGUCAGAUCUAACCCUCGAGAGAAUUAUAGAAUAUGGCCUGGAUGAUUACAUUUCCAAGUUCCAAAUAAUUUCCGAGAGUGCCACGAAAGAGAACAACUUGGAGAAGGCGAUGACAAAGAUGGUGGACGAGUGGACAGAUAUAGCAUUCACCAUCAAUCCUUACAGGGACUCAGGAACAUUCAUCCUCUCUGCUAUUGAUGACAUUCAAGUUCUCCUCGAUGAUCACAUCAUAAAAACACAGACCAUGAAGAAUUCACCCUACAUUAAACCAUUUGCCAAGGAGAUUCUGGCAUGGGAAACAACAUUAGUUCUUUUGCAGGACAUCCUGGACAGUUGGCUCAAGGUUCAGGGCAAUUGGAUGUAUUUAGAGCCUAUUUUCUCUAGCCCUGACAUCCAGCAGCACAUGCCAGAAGAGGGCAGACGAUUCAGUGCUGUGGACAAGAUAUGGAAGGAUCUCAUGAAACAGGUGGCCAUCGAUACAAAAGUGAUGGCAGUUGUGGAGAUUGAGAAAAUGGCCGAUAGGCUUAAGAAAGCCUUCAAUCUUCUCGAAGUCAUUCAAAAAGGACUUAAUGCCUAUCUUGAAAAGAAGAGACUCCACUUUUCACGAUUCUUUUUCCUGUCAAAUGAAGAAUUGCUGGAAAUCUUGUCUGAGACCAAAGAUCCUAGAAUGGUGCAGAAUCAUUUGAAGAAAUGCUUCGAAGGCAUCGCUUCUUUGACAUUCACUGAAGAGCUGGAUGUGACCAAAAUGAAUUCUCAUCAUGGGGAGGAAAUUGAACUGCUUGAAGUCAUUUCCACAUCCAAAUCUCGUGGCCAAGUUGAAAAGUGGCUCACCGAGUUGGAAGAUGUAAUGAAGAAAACUGUUUUAAAGUCCUUGCAAAAUGCAUUCAGUGAUCACAAGCGCUCUAGCAGAGGAUCUUGGCUUUUCAAGUGGCCAGAACAGGCAGUUUUGAAUGUCUCAAAAAUUUUCUGGACAGCAACAGUAGAGAAACACCUGGGAAAAGAUUUUUCGAGUCUGAUAGAUAAGUGGCAAGAGAAUAUUGGAAAUAUUUCGCAGUGUAUUGAAGAGACCACCACAGAGCGCCACAGACUAACUCUCACUUCUACAAUUAUCUCAGACAUUCAUUGCAGAGAUGUGAUUACUCAUCUUCAACGUGAAAAUGUAACAAGCUCCAAAAAUUUUGCUUGGAUUUCCCAAUUGAGAUACUACUGGAAUCAAGAUCUAAGUUUGAAAACACUGGACAGUUCUCUAAGUUAUGCCCAUGAAUAUCUAGGCAAUACCACAAGACUUGUGAUCACUCCUCAAACAGAUAGAUGCUGGAGAUCAACCUUUGUGGCAUUAGAGCACAACUUCGGGUGCAGUUACGAAGGCCCAACGUCGGUUGGGAAAACUGAAACAAUGAAAGAUCUCGCUAAAGUUGUCGGGAAACAGUGCAUAGUCUUCUACUGUUCCCGGAGUCUUGAUUUCGUCACCUUCGGAAAAUUUUUUAAGGGACUUGCCUCAUGUGGUGCCUGGUGUUGCUUUAAAGACUUCAACAACGUCACUCUCAAAAUAAUUUCCGUUGUAUCACAGCAAAUCCUCACACUGCAGCGAAGUAUCGCUGGGAAGUGUUCUAAAGUAACAUUUGAUGGAACAAAACUCCACCUUGAUCCUACCUGUGCUAUCUUUGCCACUCUUGUUCGAAACCGUAAGAAAAAUGACCUUCCUGACUCCAUGAAGGUAUUAUUUCGCCCAAUCUCUUUCACGGCUCCUCACAGCCAAAUGGUUAUCGAAGUUGAGUUGUUUGCUAGUGGCUUCCGUGAAGGAAAGUUCUUAGCUACGAAGAUUAUCAAAUUAUUUGAGUUAUCGAAGGAGCUCUUGACCAAGGAAUCUCACUAUGAUUUUGGUCCAAGAACCAUUAAGAGUAUUCUAAAUAUUGCUAAACUGAGGAAAAAUGGCAGUGAGAGUGAAUUGAUCUUUAAUUCCAUAAAAACAGUCUGCCGCCCAAAGUUAAAAGAUGAGGAUUUGCGUAUCUUUUUGGAAAUACUGGGUGAUCUCUUUCCUCAGCAUGAAUUGUCCCCCACUCUCUCAGAAGCUGAUGUCAGAAUGAAAGGUAUCUUACAAAGAGUCUUUGAAAAGAACAAUAAAGUCUUCACAAAGCAUUCUCUGGAUAAGUGUCUCCAGAUGUUGGAAAUGCUCGACGUGACACCUGGAAUCGUUAUCACAGGUGGUCCCUUUGGAGGGAAAACCACAAAGUAUCGCAUGCUUGCCGAAGCUUUGAAAACAUCCGACGAAGGAGACAUCUUCGAAGAUAAAUUGACUUAUGUGGUGAUUAAUCCCAAAGCGAUAACUCUGGAGAAGUUUUACGGAAGUUUUGAUGUGCAAACUUUUGAGUGGUCAGACGGAAUCUUUUCCCAUUACUACAGAAAGUUUACAGGAUCACGAAAUGAUAACAGGAAAUGGAUCAUUUUCGACGGUCCAAUUGAUACUUCUUGGAUAGAUAACCUCAACACUGUUCUUGAUGAUAACAGGAAACUUUGCUUGAUGUCUGGUGAGAUCAUCCAUUUCAAACCCACUAUGAGAUUCAUCUUCGAGACUGAGGACCUGAAAGCAGCGUCACCAGCUACAAUUUCUCGAUGUGGUAUUGUUCACCUAGAACCUGAUCAAUUAGGAUGGAAGCCGCUUAUGGAGUCUUGGAAAAACACCCUCCCUCCAACUCUCACCCAGGUUCAAAAGAAUGAUAUUCACGACCUCUUCAUGAGAUUCUGUCCUCCGCUCCUCUGGUACAUUCGACAACCUGGAAUCCAAGCGAUGAUUCACACUCAGGAUGCUAAUAUUCUCGUCUCUAUAACAAAUCUUUUCGACUGCUUCCUCAAAGACUACGAAGACCAGAAACAUGUGGCCAGUCUUUCUGAAUUCGACAUCCGUGCUCAACUAGAGGGAAUCUUCUUCUUUUCCUGCGUUUGGGCGAUAGGCGGACCUCUAGAUGCAGCCAGUCGAGAGAAGUUCUCUAUUCUCUUCCGUGGACUACUUGAGAAGAAAUUUCCGGCAGAUCUUUACGAAAAAUAUAAUAUCCCUGAGGAUCUGAGAGUGACUGACUUGGCCAGAACGUACAUCUUUCCCAUACCUAAGGCUGAGAGUGUAUUCGAUUACAGGUACAUCAAGGAAGGCAAGGGUAAAUGGAAACUCUGGUCGGAUGAAAUUGCUUUAGCUCCUCCAAUACCCAGAGACAUGCCAGUAAAUCAGAUUAUCAUCAGUACAGCAGAAACUAUAAGAAUUUGGGCAUUGUUGGACCUCCUGGCGAGCAAUUCUAAACAGAUACUUUUGGUUGGGCACACAGGAACUGGGAAGAGUGUCUAUACAUUAGAAUUCCUUGCAAAGAAACUCAAUGGGAAUCUCUUUAAACAUCAGUAUUUAUGCUUCUCAGACCUCACCACAGCCAGCCAGACUCAAGAGAUCAUCAUGGCUAAGCUGGAUAAACGAAGGAAAGGAGUUUUUGGACCACCAUUGGGAAAGAAGUGUGUGAUCUUUAUCGACGAUCUCUCAAUGCCAAUUAAAGAGAAAUGUGGAGCACAACCUCCCAUUGAACUUCUCCGCAUGUGGAUGGAUCAUCAGAUGUGGUACGAUCAAACAGAAAAUGUCCCUAUAAAGUUAAUAGACAUCCAACUUCUUUGCGCUAUGGGAUCUCAAGGAGUAGGUAAUAGUAUAACAACGAGAUUCACCAGACACUUCAACACUAUUGCUAUUGACAAUUUUGUGGACGAGACUUUGAAGUCCAUUUUCAGUAAGAUCGUCCUGUGGCAUUUGGACACAAGAGGUUUUUCCAAGGAGUUUGAUCCCUGCAUUGACGAGAUUGUUCUAUCCACUUUGGAUAUUUACAAUAAAGUGAAGGAACGUCUCUUGCCUACACCUAAACGACCACACUACAUAUUUAAUCUCAGAGACUUUGCCAGAGUGGUUCAAGGAGUCCUGCUGUCCGUCCCAGAAGCCAUUGAAGAUCUCAGUGGAAUGAGAAGAUUGUGGUUUCACGAAGUCAAUAGAAUCUAUGGAGAUCGCCUUGUAGAUCUUGAGGAUAGGAAAUGGUUGUUUGGCUGCCUCUGUGACAUUGCAGUAUCUUGCAUGAAGACCACGGCUAUGGAACUUCUUCAGAGAUUUAGUGAAUUCGGAGACACUGACAUGAGGAAGCUCAUCUAUUGUGAUUUUACGAAUCCUAAAGCAGACACUAAAAAUUACAUUGAGGUCCAGGAUAUUGAUGAAUUGACGAAUGUUGUAGAGGCUUAUCAAGUAGAGUUCAAUAAUAUGUCCAAGAAACCAAUGGAUCUCAUCCUUUUCCGAUUUGCAAUUGAACAUUUAUCCAGGAUCUGCCGGAUCUUGAAACAACCAAGAAGUCACGCUCUCCUAAUUGGUAUGGAUGGGUCAGGAAGACAGAGUCUCUCUCGUCUAGCAUCCCACAUCAUGGACUAUGAGCUGUUUCAAGUAGAGAUCACAAACAAGUACAACAAGGAUGAGUGGCGAAAUGACAUUAAAAAUAUUUUAAAGAGGAUCUCUACAAAUGAACUACACGGAGUGUUUCUAGUCACAGAUAAGCAAGUAAAGGAAGAAUCAUUUCUGGAAGAGAUCAAUAAUCUUCUCAUAUGUGGUGAAAUUCCCAACAUAUUCUCAACAGAGGACAAAGAGGAAUUGAUUGAGAGAAUGCGUCAGAUCGACAGUCAAAAAGAAAAGAGUUUGCAAACUGAUGGAACUCCUGUAGCACUCUUCAACUACUUCGUCCGUGUAGUUAGAGAACAACUCCAUAUUGUACUCUGCAUGUCUCCUGAAGGAUCUACACUUCGCACUAGAAUCCGCAAGUUUCCUUCUGUAGUAAACUGCUGUACUGUAAACUGGUUUCAAGAGUGGCCAGAAGAUGCUUUGGUAUCGGUGGCUUCCAGAUACUUGACUUCAAUCAUACAAGACGUUACUACUCGAACAAACUAUAUGAACACUUUUAUCUUCUUCCACAAUACCUCCAAAACAAUCUCUGAGGAGCUUUUUGUACGCGUCCAGCGAAGGAACUACAUCACACCUAUAAUUUACAUUGAGCUCAUUCAAAAUUUCAAAACAAUGCUACAGAACAAGACAACUCAACUAACACAGAAGCGUGACAAAUACUUAGCAGGAAUUGAUCAGCUUACAAAUGCGGCGGCACAGAUAAAGAUCACGCAGGAUCAAUUGGAAAUUCUCGAGCCUAAACUGAAGACAACAUCAGAGAUUGUUACAGAACAGGGUAUAAAGGUACAGGCAGAAUUCGAACGCCUCGUCAUUCAGAAGGAGCAUAUCAAACGUGAUGAAGCCAUUACAGCAGAGAAAGCAGGAGCUGUGACAAAAAUCAAGGAAGAGUGUAGCACGAAACUUGGAGAGGUGCAGCCAGACAUCGAGACAGCCACAGAUUCCCUGACCACACUCACUCCAGCCGAUAUUCUAAUCGUGAAAUCCAUGAAAAAUCCACCAGCAGCCGUGAAGAUCGUCCUCGAGGGCAUUUGCAUUUUGCGUGACAUCAAACCAGACAAAGUUCCUGGUCAAAAUGAUGAUUAUUGGUCUCCGUCGAAACGUCUUUUAGCCGAUCCUUCCUUCCUUGAAAGCCUCAUUCAAUUUGAUAAGAAUAGCGUUACUCCGCGGAUUAUGGAAGUUUUUCAGCAGCGACCUGUUCUUGCAUUCGACAUGGAGAAGGUGAAAUCCAUCUCCAUGACAUGCGAGAUUCUUUUCAAGUGGGUCUUAGCUGUGGCAAAUUAUGGGCGUGUUCUCGAAAGCUUAGAACCUCGUAAGCAAGCACUGAUUGAAGCUGAGGCGAUUUACAGCACUGCUAUAGAUUCAUUGAAUAUUAAAUUGGAGCAGCUAGCAUCGGCGGAAGUCAGUUUGGCCGAUUUACAAUCCCAUCACGAUGCCAAACAAGAAGAGUUCCGUCUUCUGCAGAACGAAUUUGAAGCCUCAACAAAGAAACUCCAGCGCGCUAAUGAACUGAUCAAUACACUGGAGAGCGAAAAAGGCGGUUGGAAAGAUGUUGCCGAUAGUCUGGAAGCUUCUUUCGACAAAGUGGCCGGAGAUGUGAUAAUCUCAGCUGGCAUUGUGUCCUACAUGGGGGCUUUUCCUGUUGAAUUCCGACGAAAAUUGCUGGACAUGUGGUUGGAGAAGAUCAACGGCUUUGAAAUAAAGCACUCAGAACCCUUUAAAGUGGAUGAAACUCUUGAGGAUCCUGUGCAAAUAAGGCAAUGGACCAUCAGUGGUCUACCCAAUGAGAGCCAUCCGAUAGAGAAUGCGAUUAUCAUUAAAUACUCCAAGAGAUGGCCUCUUUUAAUAGAUCCUCAAUUCCUCGCUAACAGUUGGAUUAAGAAUUUAGAGAAAGAGAAUAGACUGUGUGUAAUUCGCUUCAACCAGCCAGAUUAUAAUCGAGUCCUUGAGAAUUCCAUACAAUUUGGUCUUCCAGUACUCAUUGAGAAUGUAGGCGAGGAACUAGAUCCAAUGCUGGAACCUAUCCUCAAGAAGCAAUUCUUCAAACAAGGCGGAGUUUAUUGCAUCAAGAUGGGUGAAAACAUCAUUGAGUUUAAUGAAUCCUUCCGCCUUUUUAUCACCACAAAAUUGUACAAUCCUCGAAUUGCGCCGGACGUAGCCGUGGAUGUGAAGAUCAUCAAUUUUGUUAUAACCAGGGAAGGAUUGAACAAUCAAAUAGUUUCCGCAACUAUUGGUCGGGAGCGCCCAGAUUUGGAGUCCGAGAGAAAUCAGAUUGUGAUGCAGAGAGGCGACACAGAGAAGCAGCUAAGGGAUAUUGAGGAGAACAUCUUGGAAAUUCUAUCCACAGAAAAGGAAAUUCUAGAGAGUGACAAAGCCGUACAGACGCUCAGCUCUUCCAAAGUCCUCCUCAACGAAGUACAAGAGAAGUUCAUAGUGGCCAAAAAUACGGAGAAGCAGCUGGAAGAUGGAAGAGUGGUUUACACUCAAAUUGCUGAUCACUGCUCUACACUCUUCUUCGCCAUAGAUCAACUCAGCAAUAUCAAUCCCAUGUACCAAUUCAAUUUGAAAUGGUUUAUCAACAUCUACCUCACGGCCAUUGAUAACACCGAAAAGUUGGACGAUAUUAAUGCCCGGCUUCAGGGACUUAAGAAGUACUUUACGCGCAGUUUUUUCAUUAGCGUCUGCCAGAGUCUCUUCAGCAAGGAUAAACUUGUACUUGCGCUUAUCCUCUCUGCCAGUAUCAAUUCCUUCGAUAAGCAAGAGUGGAUGUUCUUGUUAACUGGAGUACGGCCAAUGAGUGCGGAUUUUCCAGAAGUUCCCGCAGAAACUUUUCGUGGAAGAAUUUGGCAUGAAAUUUGCUCUUUGGCAACGUUCAAAUCAUUUGAGGGCAUUAUCAGCCACAUAACUGAUAAUCUGGACAAAUGGGAAAAAGUGCUAACGUCAGACACUCCCUGUGCGCAAAUUCCUGAACCAUGGAGUACAAAUUUAUCAGACUUCCACAAGCUUUUGCUUCUCAGGUGCUUAAGAAGGGAUGUUCUUAUUCACAGCAUUAUUGAAUUUGUGAGCAAAAGCCUGGGUGGAGAUUUCAUAGACCCUCAACUUCCAAGCCUUGACGCCUGUUAUGAAAUCUCAAAUUCUUGUAUUCCAAUUGUGGCUAUCCUUGAGCCCGGCUAUGAUUUCACCGAAUCCCUCUUGAAGUUCGCUGCCCAAAGAGGAAUUUCCGAUGACAAAAUCGUUCUAGUGACUUUGGGAAAAGGACAAGGCGAAAUUGCAGAGAAAACCAUAGAAAAGGGCAUGAAAUCAGGCUGUUGGGUGGUUCUUCUAAACUGCCAUCUAGCUAACAAUUGGCUAUUUACACUCGAGGGAGUCUGUGACACAUUUACGUCGGAAACAACUCAUUUGGAUUUUCGCCUUUGGUUGACAACCUUGUCCACGAAGAACUUUCCUCCGUCUUUACUUGAGAACAGUGCGAAAAUCACAAGAGAACUGAAUGAUGGCCUCAAAAGAAAUCUCGUGCAAAAGUUCAAGCACUAUUCUCAAAAAGACGAUCCUGAAGACGUUCAGAAACUUCUGUACAGUCUCUGCUGUUUCCACAGUGUUAUCCUGGAGAAGAGAAACUACCGUGAGAGUGGUUGGAAUGUCCAGUAUGAUUUCAAUGACUUGGAUUUGUCGGUGAGCGUGAGAAAUGUCAGAACCUACAUAACAGAUAGCCAGGAAUCUUCCUUAGAAGCUCUAUUGCACAUAAUCAGCUCUUGCAACUACGGGGAGAGAGUUUUUGAUCCGUGGGAUCAGCGAUUAUUGUGUGUCCUUUUCAAAAUCUUCGUUAUCAAUCAAAUAUCUGGCGGAACAGAGCAGACAGCGUUUAGUAUCCCUAAUGAUACAUCACAGGAGACUUUUAUGAACUUCAUUGAUCAACUUUCUUGGGGAAAUACCCCAAAUGCCCUGGGCCUGCACAGAAAUGCCUGCAAAGUGAAAGAAGAGGAAGACACAGAAAAUCUCUUGGCAACUAUACUCCGGAUGCAAGAUCGACAUGAUUUGGUGGAGCUCCAAGAACAGAAAUUAAUGGAAAAUGCAGAGGAAAAUAUCAUCAAGACAUCCCAAAACAUUUUGUCGCGUAUUCCAGAAACCUUUAAUCUUCAAGACGUCGAGAUCAAGUUCCCCAAAUCCUACACGGAGUCCAUGAAUUUCCUGCUGCACCAGGAACUGAUGCAGUACAACCAGUUGAUCAUCUUCAUCUCAGAGCAACUCACGAACGUCAUCAAGUGUAUACAAGGCCGAGCGAUUUACACACCACACAUGGAGGACGCUAUAGCUGCAAUAUCCUGUGGUCUAGUGCCCAAUAAGUGGCUUAAAUUCUCCUACGCAACACAGAAACCUCUGGCCAGUUUUAUUGCAGAUCUCUUGCACCGAAUAACGUACUUUCAGAAUUGGGUCGACAGCGGCAUUCCAUCGUCUAUUUGGCUUCCGGGUUUCUAUUCACCUCGAGCCUUCCUAGCAACAGUUCGUCUGAAUUACACGCGACGUCAUAAAAUUCAAAUAAACACUGUUGAAUUGGACUUCACAGUGGGUGGGGAGUCCAAUGAGGAUUCAGUGAAUAUAUUUGGACUAUUUCUUAGCGGUGCGAGAUUCGACAGGGAAAACUAUUGUCUUGAGGAACUCACACCUCAUCAGUUACAUGACCAAUUACCGGAAAUACUGUGUGCGCCAAGAAAAACUGAGAAGAAGACUUCAGAAAAGACUUAUCUCUGUCCAACGUACACUUUGCGCUGUGACAAAAAAGGCAUGGAGGAUUCGCAGGGAGGAAAUGCUCAUUUUAUCAUGGCAAUUCCACUUGGGAUCUCAGCUACUUCAUCUUCUGAUCACUGGGUUCUUCGAGGAGUCUCUGCACUCUUGCAACUCAAUUAA